AUGACCAAGCUUGGCCUCGAGGCCAAAAACUUGGAGCCGUCCCAGACGAUCUUCCACGGCAUCAUGCCUGGCCUGUCCUGCUCCCCCAUCGGCCGGAUCCGGCUCGGCAUCCUGUUCGGCACCAGCGACCACUUCCGACGCGAGCCGCUCUGGUUCGAGGUGGUGGACCUGUCCAGCGCGUAUCAUGCGCUGUUGGGCCGGCCUACACUUGCCAAGUUCAUGGCUGUCCCCCAUUACGCUUACCUGCAGAUGAAGCUGCCAAGUCCGAAGGGCCUCAUCACCAUCACCGGCGACUACCACAAGUCCCUGGAGUGCGCCCAAGCUGGCGCCAAACUGGCCGAGUCGCUGGUCAUAGCCGAGGAGCGGCGCCAGCUUGACCGGAUUGUCGCGCUGGCCAACGAGACACAGGCCGUGCCGGCUUCGGCUAAGGAGCCGGCCGACGAGGCCUCGUUCCAGCCCUCUAAGGAGACCAAGAAAGUCAAGCCAAACCCAGAAGACCCCAGCUGUAGCAAGUACGUUGUCGUGGGCACCCGCCUCAACAGCAAAUAG